AUGGCAAAUCAGAAACAAGGCAGUUUGGAUAUGUUCGAGCAGACACCAACCACCUUUCAACAAGCAAAUGAAUUUAAUCGUAUAAAGAUUGAAGAGACGCAAGAUGUUUCUGUCAUUUGGCUUGACGCUCACAUUCACGGCAGUAAUCCAGAUUAUCAAAAUGCAAUCACACAUCUUCAAUACAUUGUCAAUGAUAUUUAUACAUUCACUGAUAAUGAUGAAUGUAUCGAUUUCAUUCUCACUCUCACCGACACAGAUGUUUGUUUGAUCACGUCAGGAUCAGUUGGACAACGUCUUGUACCUUGUGUACAUGAUAUUUCAAACAUCGAUUCGAUCUUCAUUUUCUGUGAUGACCAAAAUNUGCCAGGCUUGCGAUAA